AUGGAUCCCCGGGGUAUGCGGAAGAAGGUGGCCGAAGCAGCGGCGCGUCUCAGGCUCUCCAAAGCUAGGAGGGACCUCGCGAAGCUGAAAGCUGCGAAAAAGAUGAUUGAAGAGCAGCGAGCAGAAGCAGCUGCAGAAGAAAGAGCUGCCGCCGAACUUAACGAUACUGAAUACAUCAGAUGGCCAGCCUUCAGAGUCAUGGAAACGAUCCCCGAGAUCUCUGAGACAAAGUCCGUUGAUAUCCAAGUCCACGGCAUGAAAGCCAGGGUUUAUUUAGACCGUCCUGACGAAGAUAUCGUGCCGCUGCGGUACCUCAAAAGAGCAGACAAAGAUAAGAUCGUCCACCGCGCUGUCUGGAUCUUCCGCGUCGCCAGAAAUGGACGUCGAGUCAAUCAGAAUAGAUGGCCUACCCUCGAGACCAUUUUCUUCGACGUCUUCCGUAACCUCAAGAAUUCUCCUCAGUGGGAUAAAGGUCUCUUUGAGGACGAGGCAGGCAGUGCUGCAACCUGUCCAACCAAUCUUGAAUUCAGACAAGCACGUUACAACCAAGACAACGUACUUCAUGCUCUCAUAUCCGAGCUGUUCUUCAACGUGGAUGUCAUGCACCCGACUUCAAAGCCUAUGCUUUGGUUCCACCUCUAUCCGAAGGUCAUGGGAGAAUAUCUCGAAUAUUGGACCGGAUAUAAGGAGAAACGUCAAGACGGACCUUGUACCUCCGGCCGCGUCGUCGUUGAUUAUUACCCCGAUGCUAUGUACGCACGCACCGUCCUGCCAAUGACAACUACCCUCACCGACAACCAACCCCUCCACAAAACCCUCUCCCAAAACUUCCAACUCCACCUCGGCCAACUCCUAACCAACCUGCACCACAUGCACAUCCACCGCCACCACCUCCCGGACCAAGAAGUCUUCCUAAUCAACCUCCACGGCAGCAGACUCCACGUCCAACGCGCCAUAUUCCCCAGUUCCAAGAUCUCACGCAUCUACUGCAAGAAGUACAAGCCCGUCGACACUUCCAACACCGAACUGCACACUUUCCGCGCCGGAGACGCCACUCGCCGCUACACCGAGCAAGAUCUCGAGCACGAUAUUGAUCAACUCGAUUGGCUACACACUCUCAAAGAGGAGAGAACCGAGGCUCCGGACGAAGAUGACGCCCCCGUGUUUCGCGUGCUCGCUAGCAAGGAAUAUGAUCUCUGGAAAAAGACCGAUUGGCAUGCCGCGUUGAAGCUGUUGGCUGGCCUCAAUCGUUAUUUGAUGGGCGGCCGCGCUAAGUGUGGUGUUAUGCAGAAUAUGUUUGAGAAGUUUCCGCAGGAGGAGGAGGUGUCGCAGCCUGUGGAGUCGUCGUCGUCGUCUGCGGCUAGGCGCUGAGGGGGGUGAGGGAUGGAUGGAUGGUGGUGGUGGUUUUUGCGCUGCCAGUGCGAUAGGCGUUGGGGACGGGACGUGUGUUCAAUCUCUCGUCUUAACUUUUCUUUCGGUGCUUCUCUUUCUUUCUUCAUGGCUUGCACUUUGCUUGCCCUUGGCUUUGCUUAGCUUUGCCUUUGCUUGUCUUUUGCUAGCUCUUUGCUUCGCGUUUGCUUGGUCUCCGCUUAGCCUUUGCUUGCACUUUGCUUUGCAUUUACUUUGCUUUUGUAUUGCCCUUACUGGCUCUCUGCCUUCGUUUCUCUUUCACGUCUUUUGCUCAUACCAAAUUGAUGUACCCAUAGCAUAGCGGGAAGAUGGCGUUAAUAGAGCAGAUAGCGUAGCUUAGUUUCCAAUGAUGAAUGUAACUCUAACUACUGAGAGGAGACG